AUGUCAUCCUAUAACGAAAACCAACCUGUCAAUUCAAGCGCCUUUUCCGAAUUGACAAAGCUUGAAGUUAGGCGAGCCGCUGAUAACGCAUGUUGGGCAUGCCAAACACCUGAUACAGACGUCGCCCAUGUGAUUGCGCAAGUGGAUGGUCAGGUCCAGAUUUGGAAAGAAGCUGCGCUAUUCAAUAGUGACACCGAUUUCAAAACCAUCGCAAAUGGGAUUGCUCUAUGUCCCACAUGUUAUCGCAAUUUUGAUAAUACAGCUGAUCCUGGUUUCAUUUUCUUCCCCACCGACUUACAAUUCUUCAUCGACUUUGAAAUCAACGACCAAGAUCGACGACGCAAUGAUGCUGGUUUGAGACGACGUGUACCAACCGCAGAAGAUUACAAAGCCCACCAACUAAGGACCAACACGAUUCCAUCCGAUGCUAAGGGGGGUCUCUAUCGAUGUGUCUUCUUGAAGAAUUUUGUCUUAGGAGGACGGUUUCCUGCGAUAAUGCCCGAUCUUUGCAAACAUCGAACUUGGCAUGGAAACCCAAUAGCAUCGCUUAGGCGGGCUUUUGCGGUGCUUGGCACCCCACGGGUCUACAUUCUCGACAAAAGGAUUCGCGAUGAUCUCGAGAAAUUGCGAUAUCUAUACUUUGUCGCAGAUCAACCGAAACCGAUUGAUUCUCUUCUCUACGACAUGUAUAGGUUAACUCCUUCAACAACCUCUAAGCGUCCACUAGAAGAAGAGCAACAACCCAGCCAGUCUCCAAGUAAAAAACCAAAACUUGACAACAUCGAAUCAAAUACCAAUGACCGGAGACCAACACCUUCAAAUUCCCGAACACACCUGCAUUGGGUUCUCGGGCCAGAGGUUACUACAAAUCAGGUCAUUCAGAUGUACUCACCCUUGUUCUCUCCAGCUUGA